GCCGUCGUCCUCGUCGUCUGCACCGUCCAGCAGCAGCUCCGCGCCGUCGUCGUCCUCGUCGUCUGCGCCGUCCAGCAGCAGCUCCGCGCCGUCGUCCUCGUCGUCUGCACCGUCCAGCAGCAGCUCCGCGCCGUCGUCGUCCUCGUCGUCUGCGCCGUCCAGCAGCAGCUCCGCGCCGUCGUCCUCGUCGUCUGCACCGUCCAGCAGCAGCUCCGCGCCGUCGUCGUCCUCGUCGUCUGCGCCGUCCAGCAGCAGCUCCGCGCCGUCGUCGUCCUCGUCGUCUGCGCCGUCCAGCAGCAGCUCCGCGCCGUCGUCCUCGUCGUCUGCACCGUCCAGCAGCAGCUCCGCGCCGUCGUCCUCGUCGUCUGCACCGUCCAGCAGCAGCUCCGCGCCGUCGUCGUCCUCGUCGUCUGCGCCGUCCAGCAGCAGCUCCGCGCCGUCGUCCUCGUCGUCUGCACCGUCCAGCAGCAGCUCCGCGCCGUCGUCGUCCUCGUCGUCUGCGCCGUCCAGCAGCAGCUCCGCGCCGUCGUCCUCGUCGUCUGCACCGUCCAGCAGCAGCUCCGCGCCGUCGUCGUCCUCGUCGUCUGCGCCGUCCAGCAGCAGCUCCGCGCCGUCGUCCUCGUCGUCUGCACCGUCCAGCAGCAGCUCCGCGCCGUCGUCGUCCUCGUCGUCUGCGCCGUCCAGCAGCAGCUCCGCGCCGUCGUCCUCGUCGUCUGCACCGUCCAGCAGCAGCUCUGCGCCGUCGUCGUCCUCGUCGUCUGCGCCGUCCAGCAGCAGCUCCGCGCCGUCGUCGUCCUCGUCGUCUGCGCCGUCCAGCAGCAGCUCCGCGCCGUCGUCGUCCUCGUCGUCUGCACCGUCCAGCAGCAGCUCUGCGCCGUCGUCGUCCUCGUCGUCUGCGCCGUCCAGCAGCAGCUCUGCGCCGUCGUCGUCCUCGUCGUCUGCGCCGUCCAGCAGCAGCUCCGCGCCGUCGUCGUCCUCGUCGUCUGCGCCGUCCAGCAGCAGCUCCGCGCCGUCGUCGUCCUCGUCGUCUGCGCCGUCCAGCAGCAGCUCCGCGCCGUCGUCGUCCUCGUCGUCUGCGCCGUCCAGCAGCAGCUCCGCGCCGUCGUCGUCCUCGUCGUCUGCACCGUCCAGCAGCAGCUCCGCGCCGUCGUCGUCCUCGUCGUCUGCGCCGUCCAGCAGCAGCUCCGCGCCGUCGUCCUCGUCGUCUGCGCCGUCCAGCAGCAGCUCUGCGCCGUCGUCGUCCUCGUCGUCUGCGCCGUCCAGCAGCAGCUCUGCGCCGUCGUCGUCCUCGUCGUCUGCGCCGUCCAGCAGCAGCUCCGCGCCGUCGUCGUCCUCGUCGUCUGCGCCGUCCAGCAGCAGCUCCGCGCCGUCGUCGUCCUCGUCGUCUGCGCCGUCCAGCAGCAGCUCCGCGCCGUCGUCGUCCUCGUCGUCUGCGCCGUCCAGCAGCAGCUCCGCGCCGUCGUCCUCGUCGUCUGCACCGUCCAGCAGCAGCUCCGCGCCGUCGUCGUCCUCGUCGUCUGCACCGUCCAGCAGCAGCUCCGCGCCGUCGUCGUCCUCGUCGUCUGCGCCGUCCAGCAGCAGCUCCGCGCCGUCGUCGUCCUCGUCGUCUGCGCCGUCCAGCAGCAGCUCUGCGCCGUCGUCGUCCUCGUCGUCUGCGCCGUCCAGCAGCAGCUCCGCGCCGUCGUCGUCCUCGUCGUCUGCGCCGACCAGCAGCAGCUCCGCGCCGUCGUCCUCGUCGUCUGCGCCGUCCAGCAGCAGCUCUGCGCCGUCGUCGUCCUCGUCGUCUGCGCCGUCCAGCAGCAGCUCUGCGCCGUCGUCGUCCUCGUCGUCUGCACCGUCCAGCAGCAGCUCCGCGCCGUCGUCGUCCUCGUCGUCUGCGCCGUCCAGCAGCAGCUCUGCGCCGUCGUCGUCCUCGUCGUCUGCACCGUCCAGCAGCAGCUCUGCGCCGUCGUCGUCCUCGUCGUCUGCACCGUCCAGCAGCAGCUCCGCGCCGUCGUCGUCCUCGUCGUCUGCACCGUCCAGCAGCAGCUCCGCGCCGUCGUCGUCCUCGUCGUCUGCGCCGUCCAGCAGCAGCUCUGCGCCGUCGUCGUCCUCGUCGUCUGCGCCGUCCAGCAGCAGCUCCGCGCCGUCGUCGUCCUCGUCGUCUGCGCCGUCCAGCAGCAGCUCCGCGCCGUCGUCGUCCUCGUCGUCUGCACCGUCCAGCAGCAGCUCUGCGCCGUCGUCGUCCUCGUCGUCUGCGCCGUCCAGCAGCAGCUCCGCGCCGUCGUCGUCCUCGUCGUCUGCACCGUCCAGCAGCAGCUCCGCGCCGUCGUCGUCCUCGUCGUCUGCGCCGUCCAGCAGCAGCUCCGCGCCGUCGUCGUCCUCGUCGUCUGCGCCGUCCAGCAGCAGCUCUGCGCCGUCGUCGUCCUCGUCGUCUGCGCCGUCCAGCAGCAACUCUGCGCCGUCGUCGUCCUCGUCGUCUGCGCCGUCCAGCAGCAGCUCUGCGCCGUCGUCGUCCUCGUCGUCUGCGCCGUCCAGCAGCAGCUCCGCGCCGUCGUCGUCCUCGUCGUCUGCACCGUCCAGCAGCAGCUCCGCGCCGUCGUCCUCGUCGUCUGCACCGUCCAGCAGCAGCUCCGCGCCGUCGUCGUCCUCGUCGUCUGCACCGUCCAGCAGCAGCUCCGCGCCGUCGUCGUCCUCGUCGUCUGCGCCGUCCAGCAGCAGCUCCGCGCCGUCGUCGUCCUCGUCGUCUGCACCGUCCAGCAGCAGCUCCGCGCUGUCGUCGUCCUCGUCGUCUGCACCGUCCAGCAGCAGCUCCGCGCCGUCGUCGUCCUCGUCGUCUGCGCCGUCCAGCAGCAGCUCCGCGCCGUCGUCGUCCUCGUCGUCUGCACCGUCCAGCAGCAGCUCCGCGCCGUCGUCGUCCUCGUCGUCUGCACCGUCCAGCAGCAUCUCUUUUGAAUGCAAUGGUAAGGUACCGUAUUACUCAGCAGAACAGGUGA